AUGAAGAGAUGGGUGAGCUUGGACUCAGGGGAGUCUGAGGACCCGCUUCCAGAAGACACCUGCCCAGACCUCCUGGAUGGAGAUUCCAACGCCAAGCCACCUCCAGCCAAGCCCCACAUCUUCUCCACGGCCAAGAGCCGCAGCCGGCUCUUUGGGAAAGGCGACUCAGAGGAGGCAUCCCCUAUGGAUUGCUCUUACGAGGAAGGCGAACUGGCCCCCUGCCCGGCCAUUACGGUCAGCUCUGUGAUCAUUGUCCAGAGGCCUGGGGAUGGCCCCACCUGUGCCAGGCAGGUGUCGCAGGACUCCGUGGCAGCCGCCGGCGCCGAGAAGCCCCUGAAGCUCUACGAUCGCCGGCGGAUCUUCGAGGCCGUGGCCCAGAACAACUGCCAGGAGCUGGAGAACCUGCUGUGCUUCCUGCAGAGGAGCAAGAAGCGCCUGACGGACAGCGAGUUCAAAGACCCUGAGACGGGGAAGACCUGUCUGCUCAAAGCCGUGCUCAACCUGCACAGUGGGCAGAACGACACCAUCCCGCUGCUCCUGGAGAUCGCGCGGCAGACGGACAGCCUGAAGGAGUUCGUCAACGCCAGCUACACCGACAGCUACUACAAGGGCCAGACAGCUCUGCACAUUGCCAUCGAGAGGCGGAACAUGGCACUGGUGACCCUCCUGGUGGAGAACGGAGCAGAUGUCCAGGCUGCGGCCAACGGGGACUUCUUUAAGAAAACCAAGGGGCGGCCUGGCUUCUACUUUGGUGAGCUGCCCCUGUCCCUGGCUGCGUGCACCAACCAGCUGGCCAUCGUGAAGUUCCUGCUGCAGAACUCCUGGCAGCCGGCGGACAUCAGCGCCAGGGACUCGGUGGGCAACACGGUGCUGCACGCCCUGGUGGAGGUGGCCGACAACACCCCCGACAACACCAAGUUCGUGACGACCAUGUACAAUGAGAUCCUGAUCCUGGGGGCCAAACUCCACCCCACGCUGAAGCUGGAGGAGCUCAUCAACAAGAAAGGGCUGACGCCGCUGGCCCUGGCUGCCGGCAGCGGGAAGAUUGGGGUGCUGGCCUACAUUCUGCAGCGGGAGAUCCUGGAGCCCGAGUGCCGGCACCUGUCCCGGAAGUUCACCGAGUGGGCCUACGGGCCCGUGCACUCCUCGCUCUACGACCUGUCCUGCAUCGACACCUGUGAGAGGAACUCCGUGCUGGAGGUGAUCGCCUACAGCAGCAGUGAGACCCCUAAUCGCCACGACAUGCUCUUGGUGGAGCCGCUGAACCGGCUGCUGCAGGACAAAUGGGACAGAUUCGUCAAGCGCAUCUUCUACUUCAACUUCUUCGUCUACUGCCUGUACAUGAUCAUCUUCACCACGGCCGCCUACUACAGGCCCGUGGAUGGCCUGCCUCCUUAUAAGCUGAGAAACAUCCCGGGCGACUAUUUCCGAGUCACUGGAGAGAUUCUAUCCGUAGCAGGGGGCGUCUACUUUUUUUUCCGAGGGAUCCAGUAUUUCCUGCAGAGGCGGCCGUCCAUGAAGGCCCUGUUUGUGGACAGCUACAGUGAGAUGCUCUUCUUCGUGCAGGCCCUGUUCAUGCUGGCGACGGUCGUGCUGUACUUCAGCCACUGCAAGGAGUAUGUGGCGACCAUGGUGUUCUCCCUGGCCUUGGGCUGGAUCAACAUGCUCUACUACACCCGUGGCUUCCAGCAGAUGGGCAUCUACGCCGUCAUGAUCGAGAAGAUGAUCCUGAGGGACCUGUGUCGGUUCAUGUUUGUCUACCUGGUGUUCUUGUUCGGCUUUUCCACAGCGGUGGUGACUCUGAUCGAGGACGGGAAGAACAGCUCGACGUCUGCCGAGUCCGUGUCGCACAGGUGGCGGGGGUUUGGCUGUCGGUCGUCCGAUAGCUCCUACAACAGCCUGUACUCCACAUGCCUGGAGCUGUUCAAGUUCACCAUUGGCAUGGGCGAUCUGGAGUUCACCGAGAACUACGACUUCAAAGCCGUCUUCAUCAUCCUGCUGCUGGCCUAUGUGAUUCUCACCUACAUUCUCCUGCUCAACAUGCUCAUCGCGCUCAUGGGCGAGACGGUCAACAAGAUCGCACAGGAGAGCAAGAACAUCUGGAAGCUGCAGAGAGCCAUCACCAUCCUGGACACAGAGAAGGGCUUCCUGAAGUGCAUGAGGAAGGCCUUCCGCUCCGGCAAGCUGCUGCAGGUGGGCUACACCCCCGACGGCAAGGACGACUACAGGUGGUGUUUCAGGGUGGACGAGGUGAACUGGACCACCUGGAACACCAACUUGGGCAUCAUCAACGAGGACCCGGGCAACUGUGAGGGCGUCAAACGCACCCUGAGCUUCUCCUUGAGGUCGGGCAGAGUUUCAGGGAGAAACUGGAAGAACUUCACCUUGGUUCCCCUUUUAAGGGAUGCCAGUACCCGAGACCGACACCCCGCCCCGCCCGAGGACGUCCACCUGAGGCCCUUUGUGGGCUCCCUGAAGCCGGAGGACGCCGAGCUCUUCAAGGACUCUGUGGCCGCGGCAGAGAAGUGA